CUAUUAGAAGUAGGUAAUAGGUAGAGCAAUGAUAGCCUUUAUUUAUCUCAGUAAUCACCCAUACGAUCUGCAGAAAAUUAUGUCAUAUAAGGUUUCUGUGGCUCAUACUCAGUAAUGCCCAUACGCAAAUUGUAUCAUAAGUAAUAGCCAUUCAAAAAUAGAAAUAUUCUGAGGAACGGCAGAUCUCCCAAUAUAUGUACCUUACCCCUCAAAAGGCGGGGAUUGCUGUGCCAGUUAUAUGAACAUCUCGGAAUUUCCUUGCCGAUUGUUGGAUUAUGCAGGAGCACUGUGAACCCGUCAUGCAGGAUAAAACUCUAGUAAAUUCCGAUAUGAACAGAACGUGAAGUAUCUGCCAAACGGAUCUUACUAUAAAUAUCAACUAUGAUGUUGGCUACCAACCCCUUGGCAUUCAUUCUAAGCCCUGCGGGGGCCUUCGAGUUUAUAGGUGGAGCUGUCGCUUUGGUUUCCCUUGCAGUUAUUGCCUCGUGGUCGUACAAUGUGUUCUUCCAUCCACUGUCGAACUAUCCUGGGCCUCGGCUCGCUGCAGCCACUAGGCUCUGGUAUGCCUGGCAUUGUGCAAAUGGUUCUUUGCCAUUUGCCAUUCACGAGCUUCACCUCAGGUAUGGUGAUGUAGUCCGGGUGGCUCCUGAUGAGCUCUCGUAUAUCCACCCAGAUGGUUGGAACGAGAUUUACGGUCAUCGUCCUGGAAAGUCGGAGAUUCCAAAAGAUCCAAGCUUCUAUUCAAGUACACUAUCUGGCCCGGAAGGUGUCUUUCGCGCCCCCCGGGACCGCCAUGGAUACCUUCGAAGACAGAUGUCACAUGGAUUCUCUGAGAAAUCGAUGAGAGAACAAGAGGACACUAUACGAAACUACGCGGAGCUAAUGAUUAGCUACCUGAGCACUCAGGCCAAUGGGCAGAAGGAGAAUGCUGUGGACUUCACCCGUUGGUACAAUUAUUUUACAUUCGAUGUCAUGGGUCAACUGGUCUUCGGAGAAUCCUUUAAUUGUCUUCGAAGCUCUGAUUUUCACCCCUGGGUGAGCAUAAUAUUCGACAGCAUCCGUUACAAUGUGUUCGUUCGAUGCACCCAGUUCUGGCCCUGGCUAAGCCCGGUCAUCAGAAGGUUUAUUCCGAAGAGCUUCCAACGCCGUAAAAUUGAGCAGCAAGCCCUAACCCGAGAGAAGGCAAAUUAUCGGAAGACCAUCCAUGACGGUCGAAAUGACCUGGUCGCCAAUCUCCUUAAGCCUGACAGCGGUGUGACCGAUCCGGAAUAUCAAUCAACGGUACAGACAUUGAUCGUUGCGGGCAGCGAGACAACUGCCUCCUUGCUGUGCGGUGUUACGUUUCACCUUCUUAACAACCCAGAAAAGCUGCAAAAGGCAGUGAAGGAAGUCCGGAGCGAGUUCGAUUCCGCUGAUAAAAUUUCUUUCGUCAGCAUAAACAAGCUUCAUUAUCUUCUCGCUUGCCUGAAUGAAGCGUUGCGUGUUUAUCCUCCUGUGGCCGAUGGAUUGCCGCGGAACACGGGAUCUAAUGUAGAGGUGAUAAAUGGUCGGCCAGUGCCCCAGAAUACUGCCAUUCGCAUGACACACUGGGCGACCUACCGUUCUCCCCGAAACUUUGUACGUCCUAAUGAGUAUAUCCCCGAACGAUGGUUAGGUAAUGCGCCAGGAUUCGAGAACGAUCACAAAAAUGCCUUGCAGCCGUUCCAUGUUGGACCUCGCAAUUGCAUUGGCCGAAAUCUUGCAUAUAUGGAAAUGCGCCUGCUCUUGGCUUUGGUGCUCUGGAACUUUGAUCUGGAGCUUUGUCCAGCUUCGAAGGGCUGGGAUAAGCAACGAGUGUACAACCUAUGGGAGAAGCCGGAACUCAAGGUCAAAGUUUUGCCUAGGAAACCAUAGUCGCAGAGGUCUCGUACUAGUUGCCAACCCUUUGCGCUGGAGGUGUUCAU